AUGGAUCCAUCAUCCGAUCCCUCCCAACACUUCCGCCACCAGCAUCACCAGGGCCAGCAUCAUCCGCGACUCGGCCCUUCCCAACCCUCCGGCAGCAUGCCAUCACCUUCGAGUUCGCACGCUCCCAACCCUGCCUCUCCACCCACAUCAACGGCGGCUUCCUCCAACCCAUUUGUGCGGUCCCAUCACGACGAACUGCCAGCGCCCAUAACAGGCAGUCGAUCUCCAGCAUCGGAGACUCGUCAACGCUCCUUGCCCGAUGCGGAAGGUGCCCCGAACAGCGCGAGUUCCCACACUCUAUCGAGCGCAGACGAUAUGUUCGUGGCAAUCAAGUGCCCUUCGCUUGACAAAGAUUCGGCCGUCGUCAAGUUCAAGGCAACCGAUACCGUUUUGUCGCUCAAGCAGAUCAUCGAAGCGACAUGGGCCGGUGCUCCGCGUGCAAGCGGCAUGCGCUGCAUUCGGUCCGGUCGCAUACUCAGCGACACCGAGGUCUUGGGCCAUCUCGCAGAGAAGCUCGAGGAGGCUGAGCCGCUGUCGCUUCAUCUUGUCAUUCGCCCCGACGCGUGGUCAGACCCACAGAACCGUCCCACACCAUCAAGGCGGGGCUCUUUCAAACGACAACAGCAGCAAUUGCAGCAUCAACACCAGCAAAGCCUGCUACGCUCCACGUUGACACAUCAAGCUGGCCCACACGCCGACGUUGACGAUGACGUGCCGCCUCAACUUUCAGCCGCGUCGACCGAGCAUCCUCCUCACUGGACCCCAUCAUUCGAGCCCUACUUCACUGAGCCCAACCUUCUGCCAACGCAGUCCACAUCUAGCAUCCCAGCCACCGACGUGGACGUGCUUGGAUCCAGUAGCAACGAGGAAAUGAUCGACCUGUCGACCGCCCAGGUUGGUGCUGAUGCGUAUGCCGUACUGGAAGAGACACUCCGGGUCACUGCACCCGAAAAUUGGCCUUUGCUCGUCGAGGCGCUCAGUACAGCCUGCGACGAGUACGUGCUCCUCUACGAGCGCAUCUACGACGAGUCGCAGGUAGCGCAGCAAGCCACACCAACUUCGACGUCCGCGCAACCCGCGACACAGAGCGACCUUCUCACCAGUGUCGAGACGACUUUACUCGGCUGGGAUCCGGUCCGCGUGCCCAGUGAGGAUGAAGCCGCGUCAGCCGCUUCUGCGAGCGAUGCUCCAGAGACGGAGUAUCUGUAUCAGCAGGUCUCCCAUCGUGGCCUGCCGUACCUUUUGCGCGUCGCUACAACGUCACUAGCCGCCCAGCGCAGCGAGGCGCUCCACACCCUCCUCCACCGCAUCACCACUCUCCGCGCCAUGACCGACAAGCUGGACAACAUCAUCAUGCUCGGCCGUCUCAUCCAGGCGCAGCCGUCCACCGCGGCAACCGCAUCCUCUGGACCCACCGCCACUGCCCCGGGCGCUGCACCCGCACCGGCCCUUGAAACCACCCCUCUUGCCCGCCUACUCCGAUCCACCACCGCCGCAAUCCGCGCCAUCACCUGGACAGACCUCACCGCGAUCGUCAUCCCGCUCUUCUUCGUGGGCUUCAAAGUGGGCAUCCUCCUCUCGAUGGUGCUGCGAGGGGCCGAUACGGUCAAGCGAUACUUUGUGUUGGGGAUGGCCACUGUUUAUGUGGUCUUCGAAAGCUACCGGAUUGUACAGAGGCGGAUGCGGAUUCGACAGCGGUUGGUUCGGCCUGUUGUGCCACCGGCUGCGCCUGCUGCGCCGAUGGGCGCGAAUGUGCCCGUCGCACCUGCGCAGGAGGAGGUCGUGGAGCGUCAGACGGAAGAAAACCCAUUCGCACCUCUACCGCCACCCCAAGCGCCCGUGAGGCAAACAGCACGGGCGUGGAGCACCGACUGGUGCCUCGAUCAGCUAGCGCACCUCGGGCUUGAUGGGGAGGAUGCCGAGCUCGGUCUCGCCUCCUCGCACCGUCGUCGCCCGACGUUGGCAGAAAAAGUGUUGGUGUCAAGCUGGAUCUUGCCGGCAGUGUUGUUUGUGGUGACCAUGUCGCCGGCGGUGGAGCAGCGACGCAAGCGGGCGAUCGAGGAGCGCGAACGGGUGAUCCGCAAGUGGACACGGCUUGAGGAGGAGAGGCGCCAGCGAAUGGAGGAAGUGUUGGAGGAGAAGAGGGCCAAAGGUGAGGCGACGGAUCUGACGGGGAUGCAUAGUGAGGGUGGGGUGGAGCUGCAGCAGAAGCGCGUCGAGUAUGCGGAUCGCAUCCUGCGCCAGCGGAGGACGACAGAGGCGGUGGAUGUGGAUGAGGAGGAUCGACUCGUCGUUCAGCAGGAGGACGAGGAGGGGUUGGAGGAUAUGAACAUUUUCUGA